CCAUCCAUCCAUCCAGGUCCUCCGGAUGGAUGGAUGGGUUUCUUAACCUUUCUCGAACGCUGAGUCCCCACCAAGGAAUCUAAUUUCUUCAUGUCCUGAAGCUUAUUUUUCAGUCCCGUUUGCAAAUCUCCUGUAGGGCGGCGAUUCGUAGCAGUGCGAGGCCCCAUUCGCCUCCUAAACAAGACACCAAGACAACUGAAUCCUUCAGCUUGAGAUAGACGGUGACUCCUGACCUCUAGGAAGACGUUUUACUAAUCUCUUCAUGUCACUUACAAAAAGAAAUAAAUUCUGUCUCGGUAAUAGUGUUAAAUCACUUGGUUGGUCUGUAUUUCAGAGCCUUAGGAAGGUUAUACCGAUGCUGUUGCUGCUCUUAGGGGUCUUUUGUUUUUAAAUAAUUCAUGUCAGACUAAUUGGUUACUGGAGAAUUGUUGACACUGAACAAGCAGCUAAAUGCAGCUUUUCUUUCCCUCUGAAAUUUGUCCUGAAAUUCCAGACAUGGACAGGAAGCUGCAGGUAUUUCAUUACUUCCCUGCUCUGGUAUCGACCUCACACUUAUCUGACUUAAAGUUAGUCAGCAUGUAUUGCUCACAUGGAUGGCGACUCACAAGUCAUCGUGCUUUACUCUAAUAUUGAAAACAUGAUUUAAUGUGGGUCGCAAUGCAUAUUUGUGACUGGCAUGAUUGUUUUUUUCAGUUUGAUUUAUCAAACCUCCUUCUCAUGUCUUCUUUGUAAGCCUCUGCAUCCGCCGUGCUGUUGUGCUUUUUGUUUAAAAACUGUUUUAUGUCUUGCAAAAACAAGAAUAGACCUUGAAUGUGAUUUUAUGAGACAGAAAAAAAAAACAGAAAACAGUGAAGAAGCAAAAUGAUACAUGAAAAUAGCAACAAUAAAAAAAGCAACAGUUAUAUAUUAUUACUCUGAUACCUCUACAUAAAAUCCAGAACAACCAAUCCCCUUCAAAUGCAACUAAGUUAAUAAACAGAGCCUAAAUUUCAGUGUAUCAGUUUAAUAUAAUUUAAGUUUAAAAAAACACUAUCACCCUGAAUAUUAUAACUAGCAUAGUUAAACAUGGUGGUGGCAGUGUCAUGCAGUGGGGAUAGAUUUUCUUAAGCAGGAACGAUGAAGCUUGACAACAGAAGAUGGGUUAAACUCACUCCCAUUUUGGGGAUAAUGGCAGGCGAUUCAGAUCUAGAAGGACAUCUGGAAUGCAGUAUUUUUCCUUAUUAAAUAAUAAAAACCAAGUAUCAUUUUUCUCCCCCUCUAUUUUGCAAAACCCCCUAUAUAACCUGGGUGUAACACGGCUGUUAGGUGUCAAAAUGCAGAAAAUCUCAAGGCUCCUUCCCUUUCAUUUCUUUGGAUUUCAACCUUAUAUUUCUCUCAGUGGAGGCGACCAUUUGUUCUGCGAGAGCCUCAGAGGAAAGGUGUGGGAAGCAAGUUGCGGACUCUUAUGAGCCUGCGGUCAAGAUAGGAUUUCCUCCGCUCCAGGUCAUGAAUAAUUCAACAUGGGAGGCCACGACUCGCCUCGAAAGAGAGCAAAAAGAAAGGAUGUGUCUUUCUACCGCAGAAGGAAAGAGGACGAGGCUGGAGGAGCAUGGAGGAGGUGGUGAGGAAACGACCAAUAAUCUCCGCUAGGGAAAGAGGACCGGGCCCCGCGCGCUACGCUCUGCCCCCUACAGUCGGAUACAUUAACCAUGACUUCACCAAGCCCAGCAGCCCUGCGUACUCCUUCCACGGCCGCAUGAGCACUGCCAUGAUCUCUAUUGACUCCAGCCCUGGACCGAGGUACUAUGUCGGGGGCAAGCUCACCCGGUUUGGUCGGACCGAGACACCGUCCUACUCCAUGUCAGGAAGAGGCAGACGAAUCGGGAAGAGAGAUGAGCCGUUCCAGACUCCGGGUCCGGGGGCCUACAGCCCAGAGCGGGCGCCGCCUCUGAACGCUCACCGCAGGCCUCCGUCCUACACCAUCUCCGAGCGGACCAGGUACCGCUCCAUGGAUCCUGUUCCAGCGCCAAACAGCUACACUCUUCCUGGACUGCUGGGUCCCCAAGUCCCCCACAAACCUGCCAGCGCCAGCUACAGCUUCUCGGGCCGGAGGACAGCCGGCGCUCCGUCCGAGGAUCUCUCCAAAACACCGGGACCGGGGCAGUACAGAAGCACCGACCCGGACGUCUACAGGCAGCGACAGCCUUCCUUCACCAUGCAGCGCCGGACCAAGAGGAUCAGCUACUCCUCUGCUGCUCCGGGUCCGGGAACGUACAGCCCGGAGAAGACAUACGGGCAUCUCCACAAGUCCCCGUCCUUCAGCAUGGGCAUCAGGCACUCUGAGUUUGUUACCCCGCUGGUGGUGCAUGUGGUCGAUUGACUAACCGGACUCUGAAAAUACUGUGUGUAAUCUUGUUUUUAUUCCGAUUUAAACGUUCCUUUUUCAGUUCAAGCAAUUAACUUUUUUUUUAACAAUCGUAAAAAAAA